AUGAGCUCCCCGUUGCCUUCCCCGGUGAAGUUGGCUUAUUCCCACAAGUCCGAAACCCCUGUCGACAUUCUAACUCAGCUCAGCGAGGAUGCUUUGUCGUUGGGUGUCACUUGCUUUUUUACAUCUCAAGGCAUUGCGCUCAAGAUUCACGCUGGAACCUCCCUGCGCAAUGCAUUUGUCGCGCGGCACAACUCGCACUUGGUUUGGCAUGGACAGGAUGCGUUCAAGUACCGCCUCAGCCUCGAAGCCAUCGUCACCCCUUAUUAG